AUGGUCAGUAAGGGACCGUCUAAAAAGUGCAUGUGCAACUAUCUGUCCUAUGAGAAGUCCAUCAGUAAGACUGUCCAUGUAGGAGGAGAUUUGAAUAUCAGCUGUAAAUACCCACAAUCCCUCAGGAGUGACCCCAAGUUUCUCUGCAAGACGAGUCUGCUAGAUUCUGCUUGUUCUUAUAAAGAAUCUGUUAAAGAAAGUAGAAAAUAUGUAAAUGAGGGGAAAUUCUCCCUGUAUGAUGACAGAGAAACACAAAUGUUGACUGUGAGUAUUAGAAAUGUAACUGAGCAGGACUCUGGUGAAUACUGGUGUGGAGCUGAAGCAGCCUGGACAUCUGAUCAUGGAUACAAGGUUUAUUUCACACAGAUCGACCUGACAGUUACUGUUUUCACUGCUUUAGACCCAUUUGUCCCAGUUUCAACCUCGAAACCAACACAACCUUCAUCAUCACCAUCAUCUUCUUCUUCAUCUGAGUCUGCUCCAGCUUCUCCUCCAGCAGGAUUUCCAGUUUCCAUUGUGAUCACUGUGUCUGUAAUUCUGCUGCUGCUUCUGAUUGCAAUCUCAUUCCUCUUUGUGAUUCUACAAAAAACACACAAGAAUCAAGGAGGUACAUUUUCUACUGGCAGGAGUUCUGUCCAAACCUCAGGAAAUCACCAAGGGGUUCCUCCUGAUAUCUGUUUCUAUGAGGAGAUUGAAGACACCAGACAACUUUCUGCCUCAGACACUGUUUCUUUUUCAGUUUACUCUACUGCUCAACUACCCACAAUCCUCGCUGAUCCUGAAACUGUUUAUUCAAACAUAGAGUUAUCCACAAUUCUCUGUGAUUCUACUGUUUAUUCUACUAUUCAACGACCCUCAAUCCCCUCUGAUCAGGACAUCUACUCCACAGCUCAGUUACCCACACGUCUCUCGGCUGAGAAAUCUGAUGAAGGUCUGACUUAGGCAGCAGUGAGUUUUCACUCCAGGGCCACCAGCUCUAAUGAUGCAGUUCCACAGAUUCUCUUUAAGAAGGAAGAGGACUCGUGUGACUAUGAUACAGUCAGUCAUGUUAAUUCAUGUGGCUAGUUUCUCAUCAUUAGUGCUGCAACCAUGUGGCACUGGAACUCUACCGCUUUGUUUUCUUCUUCAUCAUCAUCAAAAUAUGUUGGUUAUUAUUAGGCAAAAAAAAGACUGAUAAGUGGUCAUUAUUUUUUCAAGAUUAAGUCUGUGAGGAUUGCGGGAGUGGAUUCUACGGAAGCCGUAAGUGGCCAUGCAUUGUUCAUUUUUCUUUAAUGCUUUCUCGUGAUCUCGACUUAAUUAUUCUAUGUAUUAGACAUCCAUCGUCCCGAAGUCAGUGGGUUUUUUGAAUGCGUUUUUGGUUAAAUGCCUGAAAUAAGGUCUGUGGUUAACACAAUCUCAAGAUUUUUUCACGUUUUAUUCUAUGACAUAAAAGAUAUCAGUAGUACUCCACUCAUGAUUUUGAAAAAGGUGGCUGCUGACGAGUGGCUAAAUGAGAGUACAGAGAUUAUCGAGGAAAUUAAACGUCAUUACGCCGAACAGGAAAACUCAUCUACUACAGCCUCGUUGUGUUUAUACUCGCGCUCUUGCACAAAUAUUCCACACUCAGACUUUCCAACUUGUAGAUUUAUCAGUUUAUAAUAUUUUCCAUUGGUAGUGUUUUUUAAAUAAAGAUUGAAAGAGUUGUCGGAAGCGUAGCGGUGCUGACGUUGAAGUCAUGCGACUGUGGUGUAGUUCGUUUAUAGCCUAACAUUAGCUUUUUUCUACUGCCGAUUGUAUUUAGGCUACAAAAUUCAUAAAGUUGUGUUAAUUUGUGAAGAAUUUCUUGAUAAACAAAACGUGUGAGAAUCAUAAACUUUAGUUGGUCACAGAGUUUAUUUUCUGCAAUAAUCUAAAAACCAAUGGGAAAAUCCUAUUGGAUUUUUGCAGAGGGAACCAGGCUGAUGCUACCUUCUGGUGUUGGCUUACAAAAAUACAUCAUCCAUGCAGGAUUGAGGACCUCCACAUUAGCGUCCGAUACUUGAGAAGGAGACACACCUCUCUCUUAAUGUGGAGAUAAAGUCCAUCUCUACAACGGGCAAUUAUUACAUUUAUGAGGCCAAAGAUGCCAACGUGCAUGCAACACCAGUCCCACUCACAAGGCAGGAGAUUUUCUCUGGACUAUAUUACGUACAACUUUGGUUAUGUCCUGAUCACGAGAAAACAACUAAGAAAAAAAUUAACAAUGCAUGACCGUUUAGGGCUUCCGUAGGAUUCAACAUUUGAAAAUUUUUUUUUACACCUUCAGCCCGCCCCCAAUUCCAAAUAGAAUGGGGCGGGGCUGCACUUUUGACGGGGCUACAUGCGUCACUCCGCCCAUAACUGGUCUCAUUGGUUAGUGGCAAUGUAAUGAGGUCGACGGCUCGGUACUAUCACAGGAAAUGCAGUUGGUAACAAUGCUUACGACUCACAUGUGAUAUUAAGUUGUGUUUGAUAUUAUUGUUUAUUAAUAAGCUACAACACACUUAAUACAUUGUCAAUUUGUCUAUUUUUUAUUUUUCAAACAAGAAUCCUCUUACUGCUUUACUUGGCUGAUUUUCAUUUAGCCUUAUAUGUCACAUCAUGUCACAUGGGCAUUAAGAACUAUAAGUCUCAAUGUCAACGAAUUUUGUUGAUGUACAAAUUCUUAUGGUUGUUAAUCUCUGGCUGUUUAUUUAUUUAUUUAUUUAUUAUAUAUUUGCUUUAGAAUAACGCAACAGAUUUUUAACAUUUAUAUAAAAGAUGAUUUAUUCUCAGCAAGAGUGUCAAGUUUUAAGAUAGAGAAAUUAUGAAUUAACUUAAUAAAGAAAGGAUAAAUGGUAAGAA